UGAUGUACCAUCAGAAAAAGAUCUUAACAAAGUCCUUCAACUUUUGGAACCUCAAAUUUCCUUUCUAGAAGAACUCACUAAAAUGGGAGGAGCAAUGAGGUCUGUUCUUACUCAGGUUUUGACAAAUCAGCAAAACUACAAAGAUCUGACUUCUGGUCUCGGAGAAAAUGCUUGUGCAAAGAAAAGUCAUGAGAAGUACCUUUCAGCUUUGAAGAGCUCGGGACUCACAUAUCCUGAGGAUAAGCUUAUAUAUGGUAUGCAGGAACCAUCUGCUGGUACUAGUACUCUGGCAGUACAAGGUUUUUCAGGUGCAACAGGAACAUUGGGACAAGUAGAUUCUUCAGAUGAGGAGGAUCAGGAUGGGAGUCAAGGGCUAGGGAAGAGAAAGAGGGUAAAACUAAGCAGUGGCACCAAAGAUCAAUCCAUAAUGGAUAUUUUGAAACAUAAAAGUUUUCUUGAAGAACUGUUGUUUUGGACAGUUAAGUAUGAAUUUCCCCAGAAGAUGGUAACGUUCUUACUUAACAUGCUUCCAGAUCAAGAAUAUAAGGUUGCUUUUACAAAAACGUUUGUUCAGCAUUAUGCUUUCAUUAUGAAAACACUGAAGAAAAGUCAUGAGUCAGAUACAAUGUCUAACAGAAUUGUACAUAUUAGUGUUCAGUUGUUCAGCAAUGAAGAGCUAGCCAGACAGGUAACAGAAGAAUGUCAGCUACUGGAUAUUAUGGUCACUGUGCUGUUAUACAUGAUGGAAAGUUGCCUUAUUAAAAGUGAACUGCAAGAUGAAGAAAAUAGUUUACAUGUGGUGGUGAACUGUGGAGAAGCGUUACUGAAGAAUAACACUUACUGGCCUCUCGUUAGUGAUUUUAUUAAUAUUCUUUCUCAUCAAAGUGUGGCUAAGAGAUUUUUGGAGGAUCAUGGUUUAUUAGUAACAUGGAUGAACUUCGUAUCUUUCUUUCAAGGUAUGAACUUAAACAAGCGAGAACUAAAUGAACAUGUGGAAUUUGAGUCUCAGACCUACUAUGCUGCUUUUGCUGCUGAACUUGAGGCCUGUGCACAGCCAAUGUGGGGACUUUUGUCACAUUGCAAAGUUAGGGAAACGCAAGAAUAUACACGAAAUGUUGUAAGAUAUUGCCUAGAAGCUCUUCAAGACUGGUUUGAUGCUAUUAACUUUGUAGAUGAGCCAGCACCUAACCAAGUUACUUUUCAUCUGCCACUACAUCGUUACUAUGCUAUGUUCUUGAGUAAGGCUGUGAAAUGUCAAGAACUAGAUUUGGAUUCUGUUUUACCAGAUCAGGAAAUGUUAAUGAAACUAAUGAUUCACCCACUCCAAAUUCAAGCAAGUCUUGCUGAAAUCCAUAGCAAUAUGUGGGUAAGAAAUGGUCUGCAAAUCAAAGGACAAGCCAUGACUUAUGUCCAGUCUCAUUUCUGUAAUUCCAUGAUUGAUCCCGACAUCUACCUAUUGCAGGUUUGUGCGUCUAGACUUGACCCAGAUUAUUUUAUAUCAUCUGUCUUUGAAAGAUUUAAGGUGGUAGAUUUAUUGACAAUGGCUUCACAACAUCAAAAUACAGUACUUGAUGCAGAGCAUGAGAGAUCAAUGCUGGAAGGCGCUCUUACAUUUCUUGUGAUUCUUUUGAGUCUUCGUUUACAUUUAGGAAUGUCAGAUGAUGAGAUUCUCAGGGCAGAGAUGGUAGCCCAGCUGUGUAUGAAUGACAGGACACAUAGCUCAUUGCUGGACCUUAUUCCAGAAAAUCCUAAUCCCAAAAGUGGCAUUAUUCCAGGUAGUUACAGCUUUGAAUCAGUUUUAUCAGCAGUAGCUGAUUUUAAGGCUCCUGUUUUUGAACCUGGAGGUUCUAUGCAACAAGGCAUGUAUACUCCCAAAGCUGAAGUCUGGGAUCAGGAGUUUGACCCUGUCAUGGUCAUUCUUCGAACAGUUUACCGUAGAGAUGUGCAGUCUGCGAUGGACAGAUAUACGGCAUUUUUAAAACAAAGUGGAAAAUUCCCUGGAAAUCCUUGGCCUCCCUAUAAGAAAAGGACAUCACUCCAUCCUAGCUAUAAAGGUCUCAUGAGACUUUUACACUGUAAAACUUUACACAUUGUGCUAUUCACUCUGCUUUACAAGAUUCUGAUGGAUCAUCAAAAUCUAUCAGAACAUGUGCUCUGCAUGGUUUUAUAUCUGAUUGAACUAGGACUUGAAAAUUCUACUGGAGAUGAAUCAGAUGAAGAAGUGACAGUAGGGGGACCAGAACGUUGUCAUGACAGUUGGUUCCCUGGCAGUAACUUAGUAUCAAAUAUGCGACACUUUAUAAACUAUGUUAGAGUGAGAGUUCCAGACACUGCUCCCGAAGUGAAGAGAGACUCACCUGCAACUACUAGCUCUGAGAGCUUGGGUUCUCUACAAAAUUCUGGCACAGCUCAAGUUUUCAGCUUAGUAGCAGAACGUAGAAAGAAAUUUCAGGAGAUUAUCAAUCGCAGUAGCAGUGAAGCAAAUCAGGUGGUUCGUCCCAAAACUUCAAAUAAAUGGUCUGCUCCUGGUUCAACUCCCCAGUUAACAACAGCCAUUUUGGAAAUAAAGGAAAGCAUAUUGUCUUUGUUAAUUAAACUUCACCACAAACUCUCAGGAAAACAGAACUCCUACUAUCCUCCUUGGCUUGAUGACAUAGAGAUUUUAAUCCAACCGGAAUUUCCUAAAUACAGUCAUGGAGAUGGUAUAACUGCAGUAGAAAGAAUUUUGCUGAAAGCUGCAUUGCAAAGCAGAAUGAAUAAACGCAUCAUUGAAGAGAUAUGUAGAAAAGUAACACCUCCUGUACCACCCAAAAAAAUAACUGCAGCAGAGAAGAAAACUCUGGACAAGGAGGAAAGGCGACAGAAGGCUAGAGAGAGGCAGCAGAAAUUGCUUGCAGAGUUUGCUUCACGACAGAAAAGCUUUAUGGAAACUGCAAUGGAUGUUGAUUCUCCUGAUAAUGAUAUUCCUAUGGAGAUCACUACUGCAGAACCACAAGUUUCUGAGGUAGUAUAUGACUGUGUUAUUUGUGGACAGAGUGGCCCUUCUUCUGAAGACCGACCUACAGGAUUGGUUGUACUGUUACAAGCAUCUUCAGUUUUGGGGCAGUGCCGUGACAAUGUUGAGCCAAAAAAGCUGCCAAUUUCUGAAGAGGAGCAGAUUUAUCCUUGGGACACAUGUGCAGCAGUUCAUGAUGUGAGGCUUUCAUUAUUGCAGCGUUAUUUUAAAGAUAGUUCUUGUCUUUUGGCAGUAUCAAUUGGAUGGGAAGGAGGUGUUUAUGUACAAACCUGUGGCCAUACAUUACAUAUAGAUUGUCAUAAAUCAUACAUGGAAUCCUUACGGAAUGACCAGGUUCUUCAGGGCUUCUCAGUGGACAAAGGAGAAUUUACGUGUCCUCUCUGUAGGCAGUUUGCUAACAGUGUUCUUCCUUGUUAUCCUGGAAGCAAUGUGGAAAAUAACCUUUGGCAACGCCCUAGCAACAAAAGCAUGGAAGAUCUCAUAAAGGAAGUGGAAGAGUUGCAAGGACGGCCGGGAGCUUUCCCAGUAAGCAUCAGUUCAGAAACCAACUUAAGUAAAGAAAUGGAAUCUGUAAUGAAAGAUAUAAAAAAUACCACUCAGAAGAAAUACAGAGACUACAGCAAGACCCCAGGCUCACCAGACAAUGAUUUUCUGUUUAUGUACUCUGUUGCUAGAACUAAUUUGGAACUGGAAUUGAUUCAUCGAGGAGGCAAUCUAUGUUCAGGUGGUGCAAGCACAGCUGGCAAAAGGUCUUGUUUGAAUCAGCUGUUCCAUGUAUUAGCUUUGCAUAUGCGUCUAUAUACUAUUGACUCUGAGUAUAAUCCCUGGAAAAAGCUCACCCAGUUGGUAGAAGAUAUGAAUUCACAGCUGGGAAAUGAAGAACAACAACCUGAAGUUCCAAUUCUUUAUCAUGAUGUAACAUCCCUUUUACUCAUCCAGAUCUUAAUGAUGCCUCAACCAUUAAGCAAAGAACACUUCACCUGUAUUGUGAAGGUGCUUUUUACCUUACUGUAUACACAGGCUCUUACGGCACUUUCAGUUAAAUGCAGUGAGGAAGAUAGGUCAGCCUGGAAACAUGUUGGAUCUCUUAAGAAGAAUACAUGUGAUGCAGAAAAGUCUUACGAGGUGUUACUCAGCUUUGUUAUAAGUGAACUAUCUAAAGGAAAAUUAUACCAUGAAGAAGGAACUCAGGAGUGUGCAAUGGUUAGUCCUGUUGCUUGGUCUCCAGAGUCCAUGGAAAAGUACUUGCAGGACUUUUGCUUACCGUUCCUCAGAAUCGCCAGCCUUCUUCAGCACCACCUUUUUGGGGAAGAUUUACUUAGUUGCCAGGAAGAAGAAGAGUUCUCCGUCCUUGCCAGCUGCCUGGGCCUUCUGCCAGCAUUUCACCAAGCAGAACGUCCUUUCAUCACUGCCUCCUGUCUGCACUGGCCAGUUCCAGCACUGGACCUUAUAACUCAGUGGUGUUUUGAGAUAAAAUCAUUUACCGAAAGACAUUCAGAACAAGGGAAGGCCUUACUCAUCCAAGAAGCAAGAUGGAAAUUACCACACCUGUUACAGUUGCCUGAAAAUUAUAACACCAUUUUUCAGUACUACCACAGAAAAACUUGCAGUGUCUGCACCAAGGUUCCUAAAGAUCCUGCUGUUUGCCUUGUUUGUGGCACUUUUGUAUGCCUGAAAGGACUUUGCUGCAAGCAACAAAGUUAUUGUGAAUGUGUAUUGCAUUCUCAAAACUGUGGUGCUGGAACAGGGAUUUUCCUUUUGAUCAAUGCAUCGGUAAUUAUUAUCAUUCGAGGUCACCGCUUCUGCCUCUGGGGUUCUGUGUAUUUGGAUGCUCAUGGAGAAGAAGACCGGGAUCUUAGGCGAGGCAAACCUCUCUACAUUUGUAAAGAAAGAUACAAAGUUCUUGAGCAACAGUGGAUUUCUCAUACUUUUGAUCACAUCAAUAAAAGAUGGGGUCCACAUUAUAAUGGGCUGUGACUUACCAACUCAGCAUUGCAUUACAAUAUCAUUUUCAUUAAGAAUUUAUUUUAUCAACAAUAAGCUUUAAUUUAAUUUGGGGGAAUUAAUGCUUUUGCUGAGGGAAAGAAAGAAAACGUACAUUAUGAAGCCUUUCCAAAAUUAGGUGCUUGAUAAAUCACAUUAUUGGUAUAAUUUUUAGGAAGCAUCUGGAGAACAAACCAGUAAGUUAAAUCAUUCUUUAGUGGUCAUUUUAUUAAGUGCACAAUUAAUAAAAAGCACAACUUGUCCACAAAAUCAUUCAGAAAUGAUUCUCCCUACAAUGCAUAUCAACUAUUCAUGGAUACUUAGAGUGAGUGUGAUUUAUUUGAAAAUUUACUGCUCUAUUUUAAUUUGCAUCUUCUUAACAUAAUGCAUCUUUUUUCUCUGUCAUUGUGUUGAUUUGAGAUUUUUGCUGUAUGUAAUUAGAAAAAAAUGUAAAACAUGAUUUAUGUGAAAUAUUGUAUAGUAAAGUUGGUCUAAUAAUAGAACUUUAAAUUUUUCUUAUUGUGAGGAAUCUGUUAAAAGUUUAAGGCUUUGCUGAAAACUUAAUUCAUUCUCAGGAAUUUCAUAAAUAUUCUCCCCAGGUAAAUAAUUGAAAUAGCUGUAAAAUAAGUAGAUAGUGGUUGUUAAUAUAAUACAGUACAUGGGGGAAGGGACACAUAUGUGUGGUUGGGUACUUAAAAGUCAAAACUUGUGGGCUAGGGAUAUAGUUCAGUGUCAGAGCAUAAGAUCUCAUGAAGCCCUGAGUUUGAUUUUAGGCACCAUUAAAAAAAGUUAAAGAAAAUAAAAAAUUAAAAUUUGCCAUUUGAGGUGGUUGAAUUGUUAGAAUUAGUAACAAAUAGAUUUUAUUAUCAAAUCAAAAGGUUUAAGAACAUACUUGUCAGGUUUGAUUCUGUGGUUGUCUACCUUUUAUUUCCAACCUAGUUUUUUUUUUUAAUAUAAUUGAUUAGAAGUGCUCAUACUUCCCAACAGAUGAACCAUAAAUUUUGGAACUUCUCUAUGAUCUCAAGAUACUCAUUUGUAUUAUAUUCAUGCAGUGUCAUCACAGCUGAUUUUGCUUGGUUUCCUAAGAGGAGUGAAGGACAGGCUCAGUUGUGGUAGCCUUCUGCAUGUGAAAUGCAAAUUAUGUUUGGAUUUUUAAAUCAGAAUGGGAAUGAAUGAGCUAAAAAACCCACUCAAUAUUUGGGAAGAAAAGUUACAGAAAAGCAUGUUAUAUAUUGGUACAAAGAUUUUUCUCCCAAAUAAUUAAGUAAUUUGGUAAUUAUCCUCCUGUAUUAUGCUAAAAAAGUAGGUCCUUAUACAACUUCAUGGCUGUUACAUAAAAUCACAUUUUUCCAUAUAAAAAUUAAGAAGCGUCUAAUGAUGAAACAUAAAAGUAACAUCAGAUCCAUGUUCUAAAAUUUUUUGAAUGAUAUGCCAUUAUAAAAUAUGCAAAUAAACAUUAAAUGAUGGCCUUGCAUUAAGAUAGUGAAAGCAGAAUAGUACAUGUUAAAUACGUUCACACCAUCAGAGAAUUACCUAUAGCACUAUAAGAAAAUACAUGAAAAUAGCUUGCUAUUUUUAUAUACAUUUCCAGAAUAUUAAGAUAACUUUUUUCUGUAAGACUAGACUGAUUCUGUUUGACUAUAUCACUGUCCUUUCCAACACAUUGCUACUUUUUAAAAUGCUGUAUCAUAAGCUCAGCAUCAAUCAUUAUGAAUACCACACAAUUUGUUUAGGUGUGGUUGAAGAUAAAAUGCUAAUUUACAUCUCUAGUAAAUACUGUUUCUGGAUUCAUGAACUUGAACAAUUCUACAGCUUGAAACUCUGAUGCUAUAUAUUCAUGGUAUAUUGUAUUCAGACUUUGAUUACUACAUAUUUAAAACGGAAUGUUUUAUGGUUGUGAAUAUGGAUGUGAAGUGAAAAUAUUAGCCUUAACUUUAAAUUUUGGGUAUUUGAUAGUGUUUAUUUUAAUAUUGGUGAAGUAGUCACCAAUAAGUUUUAUAAAAAGCACUUGGUUCAAAAUGGUACUUGAAUACAUACAUGCAUGCUGCUAAACCAGAACUUUAAUUUUUCCCCCAAUAACUUUUAUAAGUCCCAUUUAUAAGCUCACUUGUAAAAAAUAACAGGUCCAAGUUAGAGUGAUGUGUGUAUAUUAUUCAAAAAAUGUACUGGUGUGAUACCUUGUCUGAAUGAUCAUUCAAAUACAGUACAUUACUGUAGAAGCUAAAUCAACGUUUAUAAUUAAGCAGAAAUUACAAAAUUAGGAAUAAUUGACAUUGUAAAAUAUGUUAAUAAAAACCUACUGUCAUUUGGUUUGU